AUGAAGUCUCUUUUGAACGCGAUUGUGACGGUGCUGGUAAGUGGCCAGACAGCCGCUGCACUUGUCAGUGGUCGUGCAGGCGGAUUUGGUGAUGGCCAGCCCAUUGAUGGAAAUGGAAAAGGUGCCCCAAUACUGGGUGGCACAAACAAGGCUCUUGACCUGCAGAAUCCAGAUAACCUGGGUCAGCAAAGUACCGACAAUGGUGUUGUGCCUAAUUUGAAAUGGAGUUUCUCAGACUCCAAGACUCGCAUCCUCAAAGGUGGAUGGGUCCGUGAGCAAGUCGUCACAGACCUUCCCGUCAGCACCGACAUCUCGGCCGCGCAGCAACACCUCACCAAAGGGUCGAUCCGAGAACUUCAUUGGCACCGAGUGGCCGAAUGGGGUUAUGUCUACGCUGGCUCUGUUCUCGUCUCAGCCGUUGACGAGAAUGGCCAAUACCAGGUGGCAAAGCUCGAGGUCGGUGACGUUUGGUACUUUCCCAAGGGCGAAGCGCAUACUAUCCAAGGCCUCGAGGAUGAGAAUGAGUUCUUGCUUGUUUUCGAUGAGGGCAACUUUGAUGCUGUCGGAACUACGUUCAACAUUGAUGAUUGGGUAUCACACACACCCAAGUCUGUGCUUGCCAAGAAUUUCAAUCUUUCCGAGUCCGUGUUCGGAAGCGUCCCGUCGCCCAACCCAUACAUCCUCAACGCGACAGUUGCUACAGAGGAUGUCACGGGUGGCAAUGGAGAGUUGACUGGCAAUGCUUCUUAUGUCUACUACGCUAAAGACCACCCCCUCGAAAACGUCCCUGGACAUGGCGGUACACUGCGCAUCAUAGAUACCAAGACUUUCCCCAUCGCCACUACUAUCGCUGCGACUGUGGUUACCUUGUCGCCAGGUGGACUGCGCGAGCUUCAUUGGCAUCCUAAUGCUGCUGAGUGGCUCUACUUUCAUCAGGGCCAGGGCAGAGCCACAGUUUUCAUUGGAAACACCAAUGCGCGGACCUUUGAUUUCUCCGCCGGUGAUACUGCAUUGUUCCCUGACAACAGUGGACACUAUAUUGAGAACACUUCGCCCACGGAGGACCUGGUCUGGAUUGAAAUUUACAAGAGUGACCGGGUCAAGGACAUCUCACUUACCCAGUGGCUGGCUCUUACGCCCGCAAAUAUCGUUGCUGAUGUACUCAAGAUUCCUUUGGAUGUUGCCAAGUCUCUCAAGACGGAGAAACAGAUUUUGAUUGAAUAA